AUGAUCCAUCUACUGUUUCUGGUGCUCUUCGCGGAAGGGGCGGUGGCUUUCCUGCUGAUGGUGAAGAUCGGGCCGCUGAGGGAGCUCACCAUGCGAGGGCUGGACCAGCUCAAGACGGGCAAAGGCCCGGCGACCAUGAAGACCUUGGCGUGCACCUUGGGAGUGAUCUUCCUGUCGAGCUUGACGAGCAUCAUCAAGAUCCAGAACAGGGGCGCCAAGCUCGGCACCGUCACUCCCAUGGACCAGGUCCUGUGGAGGACCCACCUCCUCGAGACCUCCCUCACUGGUACGCUUCAGGAGAGAACGUCGCCCUUCUCGCCAUUAGGGUUUGAGCAUCUCUCUUCGAAGAUUGUGAAAAACCUAGAAAGUAUUUGAACGAAGGCCCAGAAUGGAACAAUGGAAGGACGAAUGAAGGGAAAAAAAAAACUUGGCCUUUUUUAACCGUCCCCAAAAAAAUAUCUCGCAUCAUAUGUUCCCUAAAUAAUCAUCAUUACUGGUGUUUUGAUCGCUUCCUCUCUGUAAUUCUGCAGGCUACGCCCUGUUCCUGGCCUUGGUGAUCGAUCGACUGCAUCACUACCUCCGCAAGCUGAUCGAUCUGAGGGAAGCUGCUGGUUCCUUCAAGGAUGACAUGACGAAGCUUAGGAAGGAGCUCGGUUCCCUCAGGGGGAAGGACACUGAAGCUUCCAACCAGGCGAGGUCGCUCCGGGAGGAGGUGGCUGGCCUGGGAGAGACGUUGCGGCGGCUGAAGGCGGAGGCCGAGGGGAAGGAGAAGCGGGCGGCGGCGGCGGAGGCCCACGUCGCCGCCCUCCAGAAGCAGCUGGAGGACCUCUUGCUCGAGUAUGACCGCCUGCUUGAGGACAACCAGAUCCUCCAGAGCCAGGCUCUGGCUUUCAGAGGCUGA